UACUGUUCAAUAUAACAUAGGCCAGCCGCAUAACAAAACGGCCAUUCCCGUUUUAUUCCUUCGUUAUUGUAAAGUCAUUCCUUUAAGUCUAUACACGUACGUACUAUCGGAUAUUUCCAGACCGCCAUUUUACACAUUGCGCAAAGAAAAGGCUGUUACCAACUACUAUUGGGAGAAAUAGACCAUUUUCAGCUCGACUAUAUUUUGAAAGGCGGGCGUUUUUCAUUUCGUUUUGUUACCAGUUUACCACUGACCAUUACUUAUACCACUACAAUGUCGAAGCCAGUUGAGACAGGUCAAGUUGGAUUCAUCCAGCCAGGUGGACAACAUCAAGGAGCUCAGCCGGGACAACCGCCUAACCCUCCGAACAUGAUGGGACCCGGAGGCUGGAUGGCCACUCCUCAAGCUGGGGCAUCGGGUAGUAACAUACCACCUGGAUUGGAGUAUCUGGCACAGUUGGAUCAGGUGCUCGUACAGCAAGUCGUAGAACUGCUAGAAGCUUUUACUGGAUGGGAGACUGACAACAAGUACGCGAUUAAGAAUGCGAUGGGCCAGCAGUGCUACUAUGCUCUGGAGAGCUCCGGCUGCUGUGCCAAACAGUGCUGCAAAAACAGGCGUGGCUUCGUCAUGAAGAUAGUCGACAACACGCAGAGAGAGGUGAUCAGAGCUACGAGGGAAUUCAAGUGUUGUGCGACUACGUGUUGCUGGAUGCCCUGCUGUGGAUGUCAACAGCACGAGAUUGUGGUCGAGAGUCCUCCUGGAAUCGUGAUUGGACGCAUCCACAACGAGUGUUCGGGGUGGCGUCAGACCUUCAGUGUGAAGAUGGGUGACGCGGAGGGUGGGAGUGACGAUGAGGUGUUCAAGAUUGUGGGACCCUGCUUUAUCUCCAGAGCUGUCUGCUGCAUUUGCAUGGACGUCACAUUCAACAUUAACAGUGCCUCAACUGGGGAGGAGGUGGGUGCUCUGAAGAAACAGUUCUCUGGGGCUGUGAAGGAGAUGUUCACUGAUGCCGACAACUUCAGUGUAUCCUUUCCGAAGGACUUGGAUGUUCGUGCCAAGGCACUUCUCAUGUGCUCCGUCUUCUUAAUCGACUUUCUGUUCUACGAGGAUAAUCAACAGCAGAAAGAUAGACACGAUUUGUAAUAAAAAAAUGCUCCUACUAAGGACCAAACAGCGGAUGAGUAUCAUCGAUACAGCAUGAAAGGAGAAUUAACAUUCGAUGUUUCAUAGUCCGGAGAACUCACCAAUAAUUUUGGAUCGUUUUAUAAUUCAUUUGAUGAUAAAAUUGCCAAACAUUUUGUGGUGAAAUUACAGCUUGCUAAAUUAAAGUUCAACUUUG